AAUAGCGUUAGCUUUGAAGGUGUACGAGUGAGCAGGAAGUGGGUUGUGUUGCGGUCUGUAAGCGGAAUCUCUGAACUGUUGGAGUAACAAUGCCUUCAGUUCAGUAUCUGAGAGAGUUUAUCAAUGAGCGACUAACUGCUGCUGCUGAAGAAAUAUUCACUGAGUUUGAAAAAACAAUCGUCCAUUACGAGGAAGAGAUCGACCGUCAGCGCAGACUACUGGAUAUCACUUGGAAACCCGAAAUAAAGCUGCGCAGGACAGCCCUCCCACAGCAACGUGUCUGUAAGGAGGAGGAGGUUUUCACUGGGCAGCAGUUGUGUAACCAGGAGGGGAGCUCCAGUCUGGAUCAAGGAGAACCAAAACUUCCACAGAUUAAAGAGGAAGAGCAGGAACUAUGCAGCAGUCAGGAAAGAGAGCAGCUUGUACUGAAGGAGGAGACUGAUCUCUUUAUGGUGACUUCUGCUUAUGAGGAAAGUGACUACAGUGAACUAGAACCAGACAGGGAGCAGCGCCUCUCUCACAGCUCUGCUGUAGCUGAGAGUCAAAAUCAGGAAGGAGGCAGGAGUGCAGAUUCAGGAUCAACUAGAAAAAAUAACGGAAGUCACAGCAACAAUUCAGAAUUUCCUCCCAUGUUAGAGAGUCAGUGUAACUUUGACACAGGUAAAAAGUUUUUAAAAUGUGAUGUUUGUGGAAAAGCCUUUAAGGAUAAUUAUGAAAUGAAAAGACAUUACAGAAUCCACACAGGUGAGAAACCGUAUUCUUGUGAAACAUGUGGGAAAUGUUUUACUCAGAGGAGUACUUUGACUGUCCACAUGAGAAUCCACACCAGUGAGAAGCCAUAUCCAUGUAAAACAUGCGGAAAAAUGUUUGCACGUAGUAGUCGUUUGUUGGAACACAUAAGAACGCACACAGGUGAGAAACCAUAUCCUUGUAAAAUGUGCGGGAAAAUGUUCACACGUAGUAGUUAUUUGUUGGUGCACAUAAGAACUCACACAGGUGAGAAGCCAUACCAUUGCAAAACAUGCGGGGAAAUGUUCACAUAUAGUAGUCAGCUGUUGCGCCACAUGAAAACUCACACAAGUGAGACAUCUUAAGGUACAUUCGAAUUGGAGCCGCACUGAUUGACAUUUUCUUGGCCAAUUCAGAUUUUUCCCUGUGAACCUUGAUGAUGGAUUUUCUUUCUAAGAACUAUGACUGAGAGCAUAUGCAAACAAAAAUCACUUUCCUUCAAUGCGUAAUAUUAUUUUUAGAAUACAAGGAGAAAACAACUGAAAAUAAAGUGUUCUGCUACCGGAUAGAUAUACAUAUAAUUAUCUGACAAUAAAUUUCUCUACACCUACUGUUACCCAGUGAUGUCAGUAACAAAUUACUUAGUAACGUGUUACUCUAAUGUGACUAUUUUUUUUGGUAACAAGUAAUCUAACGUGCUACUAUUUGCAGUCCAGUAAUCAGAUUAAAGUUACUUAUCCAAGUCACUGUGCGUUACUAUUUUUGUCAUUUUCCUUAGUAAAAAAGAUUUAUUUUUGCAUCUUGCAUCUCAGGGAGUGACGUCUGGCCGAUGCGACAAUUAAGUCCCGUUUUCAGCAUGACGACAAUAAUGGCACACAGCGACAUAAAUGUAAACAAUGGAGGGAGGAGAGAGAUGAGCGUUUUCUAGCUGGAAAUACAGGCACUAUUGUGAGUCUGUGUCAGCUAAAGAGGACAAUAUCAAGGUUAGUUCUGCACUCUGU